AAACCAUUCAGUUGUUCUUAUCACUUCGACAGGGACAGUUCUGCACAGAAGAGCCAGCAGCGCUAGAGUAGCCACAGCCAUGAAACGCACUUUCAACGAUUACGAACCUACAAUCUGCUACAACAAAGCACCUGCGUCGGUGGUGUCUCCGGAAUGGUGCCAAACCCGGCGGUCCUCGGCCUUGGCUGGCUCCCUGGUGCAAGAGCUGAUAGUACCGAAAAAAUCCGGCCGAGCAUGGAAACUGCUGGCCGGUGACCUGUGCCGAGUCACCCUCAACGAAGGUUCCCAGGUGGGAGAUAUGAACUUCUGGAAUCUGCACAACCCAAAGGAACGCUUCUACUCGGGAAAAACACGACAACUGCACGCAUCGCACCUGAAGACAUAUGACCGGCUGUGGAGCAGUUUUCCGUACUUGCGUCCGAUGGCAACCUUUGUGACGGAUUCGCUCGCUGAUUACGGCAUCGAUAAGGACGGUGGAGCGCUGCAUGACGUGAUUGGGACGCGCUGUGACGACUACACGUACUAGCUGAUAACGGGAAGGGAUCGCGUUGGGAGUUGCCACAGUUACCUCACGGAAGCUGUCAAGGAAUUUGGCUUGUUGGAGUCGGAUGUGCACGAUGUGUGGAAUAUCUUUAUGUGCACGGGAUUUACUAGGGAUACUCAACAAUAUUUCUGCAAGCCAAGUCCCGCCAGGAUGGGAGAUUUUAUUGAAUUCAUUGCCGACAUGGACUUGUUGGUUGCACUGAGUGCCUGCCCUCAAGGUGAUGUUUCCUUAGUCGUUGGACAGGAAGUUCCGGAUGAGAAAUGCUUUCCAUUGAAAGUAGAGGUGUAUCGCCCUUGCAAGUGAUAGUCGAAAUAUAUCAAGUUACAGGCUUAAAGUUUCA